AUGUCAUACGAUUGGAUCAUCGACGGCGGCUAUCUCCCACGACCUAUCCUACGAGUAGGAAUACGAAAGCAACUAGCUCAACGAUCUGCGGAGAUAACGGCACCGUCUCGCGGGGGUGCUUAUGAAAAGAAGAUGAAAUUCGUGGCAGAUUUGCGCGAGAUGCCUAUAGCCAUUGACACCGAUGCUGCGAACUCUCAACACUACGAGGUCAGGCCUGGAGUCCUAGAGCAUUAUCUUGGUCCAAGGUUAAAAUACUCAUGCGGCUUGUAUCCUGAAGCAUCAACUACUUUAGCCGAGGCUGAAGAGGCCAUGCUGGAAUCCUAUGUUGAGAAGGCGGAUAUUAAGGAUGGGAUGUCGGUUUUGGACAUGGGUUGUGGAUGGGGAAGUGUUUCCAUUUACCUAGCCCAAAAGUUCCCAACAUCUAUGAUCACGGCUCUUUCAAAUUCGAAAACACAAGCAGAGUUUAUCAAGCGACAAGCUGAGGGGCUCGGACUUGAAAACAUCGCCAUUGUCCUUGCAAACGUGAUCGAUCACGAGUUUAUUGCAAGUUCUUUUGAUCGUAUAGUGGCGAUUGAAUCCUUUGAGCACAUGAAGAACUACCAGGAAUUGCUAAAAAAGCUCUCAGGCGCCCUAAAGGUAUCAGGGAAACUAUUCGUUCAGACCUUCUCGCACAAAGACUCGCCCUAUCACUUCGAACUGGACGAUGGCUGGAUGAGCAAGUACUUUUUUACCGGAGGAACAAUGCCAUCGGCAGAUAUGUUUUUAUAUUUCCAGGAUGAUUUGCGGGUGAAACAGCAGUGGUGGGUAUCUGGCAAUAAUUAUGCCAGGACAUGCGAAGACUGGCUGAAAAACUGGCUAUGUGAUAUGCUUCAAAAAUGGUAUUAUCGGUGGCAGGUAUUUUUCAUGGCCUGCGCGGAGCUUUUUGCAUAUGAGAACGGUGAUACUUGGGGAAUCAGCCAUUAUUUGUUCGAGAAGUAA